GAAAUCUGUUUCUACUGCGCAUGUGCCGUGACCCAUAGCGCACUGCAAGCCGUAGCUGAGAAAGGAAAGAUGUCACAAUGGCGAAAAUGAUUUUUGGAAUGAAAUAAUAACGUUUGAUGAUCAACUUUCGUAUCAUUUCGCUCCAUCCACUCUUACAAAAAUACUUUAAUUCUAGCAUCCGUGUGUUAGAUGUGCAUUUAAGAGCUGUCUUGUUUUGCCCGUGACGGGUUUGCGAAGCGCAAUUGGCCGUAUAGCCAGCAAACACGUUCGUGUCGUAUCCAAAGCACUUGGUGGUAGUAGGGAUCGCAAAGAACCAUCCGUGAAAGAGCCUAUGAUGAAUACAGACGACAAUGCAAGUGAGCCAGAAGAUAUGGAUACAAAAGAUGAAGAUACGAUUGAGGCGAAUAUGGUCACGAAUGGGUCAAAUUCACCUAAAGAUAACGAUGAUGUCCAAAUGGAGGAAGAUACAGCUCGGGCUGAGGGUUUUAUAACUUUCACGGUGCAACAGUUUUCUAAGCUUGAUAAACACACACUAAGUGAGCCCAUUUACGUCAGAAAUCUUCCAUGGCGUAUUAUGUUAAUGCCUCGGACAUCAUCUCAUGCUCAUGAAAGAGUGAAAAGCCUUGGGUUCUUCUUACAAUGUGAUCCAAAGCUAGAUACCCUCUCAUGGUCUUGUCAAGCUUCGGCAAAACUCACGCUGAAAAACCAUCUUGAUGAAAAGGAAGAUUUCAGUAGAAAGAUUUCUCAUCUGUUUUAUGCCAAGGAGAAUGACUGGGGCUUCAGCCAUUUUGUUGCAUGGAAUGAUAUUCUUGAUCCAAAUAAGGGUUUCAUCAAUAAAGAUUCCAUCACUGUWGAGGUUCAUGUUAAUGCUGAUGCUCCUCAUGGAGUUGCGUGGGAUUCUAAGAAGCAYACUGGAUAUGUUGGACUCAAAAACCAGGGUGCAACAUGUUAUAUGAACUCCUUGUUACAAACUCUUUACUUCACCAGUGCUAUCUUGCAGGCUGUGUUUCAAAUGCCAACUGAGAAUGAUGAUACUAACAGGAGUGUAGCUUACGCAUUACAGAGAGUUUUCUAUGAACUCAUGCACAGUGACAAAGCUGUUGGAACAAAAAAGUUAACAAAGUCAUUUGGGUGGGAAACAUUGGAUAGCUUUAUGCAGCAUGAUGUUCAAGAACUGUGUCGUGUGCUUCUYGACAACAUGGAGAGUAAAAUGAAAGGAACAUGUGUUGAGGGAAUAAUACCAGAGCUUUUGGAAGGCAAAAUAUUUUCUUACAUCAAAUGUACCAAAGUUGAUUAUGUGUCAACAAGAUCAGAACCAUUUUAUGAUAUACAACUCAAUGUAAAGGGCAAGAAAAACAUCUAUGAAUCAUUCAAAGAAUACAUAGAAGUUGAGCUUCUUAGUGGUGAUAAUAAAUAUGAUGCUGGAGAACAUGGACUACAAGAGGCCAAGAAGGGGGUCAUUUUUAAGAAGUUCCCUCCAGUGUUACAUCUSCAGUUGAUGAGAUUCCAGUAUGACCCUCAAACUGAUGCCAAUAUCAAAAUCAAUGAUAGAUAUGAAUUUUAUGAGAAAAUUGACCUGGAUGAGUAUCUACAAGAACCUGAGGAUUCACCAGCAACAUAUACUCUACAUGCUGUGCUGGUACACAGUGGAGAUAACCAUGGUGGUCAUUAUGUAGUGUACAUCAAUCCCAAAGGAGACGGUCGGUGGUGUAAAUUUGACGAUGAUGUYGURUCAYUGGCGACUAAACAUGAAGCUAUCAAUAAUAAUUAUGGAGGUUACGAGGAUGAUAUUGUUGUUAAGCACUGUACAAAUGCCUAUAUGUUGGUAUACAUAAGAGAUUGUGAUAUGAAGAAAAUUUUAAAUCCUGUAAAAGAGGAAGACAUUCCAGAUUCACUUGUUCAAAGGUUACAAGAAGAAAAGAGACUGGAACUGCAAAGGAGAAAAGAAAGGACUGAAGCCCAUCUGUACAUAAAUGUUGAGGUCAUUACUGAGGAUCAGUUUUGUGGCCACCAAGGACCUGAUUUAUUUGACUUUGAGAAAAUUAGAUCCAAAUUAUUCAAAGUGUUAAAGUCAUUAAAGAUACAUGAAGUUCUUCAAGUCAUUGCCGAUGGUUUAGGUUAUCCUGUUGACCAGAUUAGACCCUGGCCAUUGCAACAACGGAGUAAUGGUACAACAAGACCUUCAAUUAUUGAUUUAGAGGGAUGUAUGGAGAAAACCGUUGGCAGUGCUGUAGAAGCCUCUUCCUGGGUAUUAUUUAUAGAAACGGUUGACCCAGAGAAUGGUCAUAUUGCACUACCAAGCUACAAUAAACGAACAGAUGUCCUACUGUUUUUCAAGUAUUUUGAUCCCAUUCAAAAAACAAUAUCCUCUGUUGGCCACUUGUAUUUACCUUUCACUACUAAAUUUACUGACAUGUUACCCUAUUUGUGCCAACAAGCUGGUCUGCCAUUAGAUACUCCUCUAAAGCUGUUUGAGGAGGUCAAAAUGUAUUACGCAGAGCAAAUCAAAGAUUUAAAUGAUACCAUAGAGGGGGGCGUUGAUGAGCUCACAGAUGGUGAUAUUAUUUGCUUUCAAAGGGCUGACUUACAAUCUAGCACAAAUGUAAUAGAAUACUUCAGAGAUUUGCACAACCAAGUAGAAGUCUUAUUCUGUGACAAGAAUAACCUUCAAGAUCCUGGUUUCACUAUUGUGCUGUCAAAACGAAUGAACUACAUGGAGGUUGCCAAGGCAGUAGCAGCUCACUUAGAGGUGGAUCCUUUGAACAUCCAGUUCUUCAAGGUUCAGAUCUACCGAGAUGCGCCWGGAAAUCCCUUACCAUGCACUUAUGAUGGUACACUACGUGAUCUCUUGAUCUAUUACAAGCCACGUGGCCCUAAGAAACUCUACUAUCAAUGUCUUAGUAUUCCAGUAAACCAGUUAGAAUUUAAAAGACAGUUCAAGUGCACCUUCCUGGUCAGUGAGACAAGAGAAGAACAGGAACUAGUGCUUUGGCCUAAUAAAAAUGCUCUUGUGUCAGACCUUCUUGAGGAGGCAGCAGAGCAUAUGGAGCAAUCUGCCAAUAUUGUAGACAACCUUAGAUUACUGGAAAUCAUCAGUGCUAAGGUUUUUAAUACAAUUGCACAUGAUACUCCUCUUGAAGAAAUUGUGAAUCAGGGACAAAGAAGCUUUAGAAUAGAGGAAAUCCCAAAAGAUCAAAGAAGUUUAAAAACCAAUGAGAUACUAGUAGGAGUUGCUCACUUUAAUAAGGAAAUAUAUCAAACCUUUGGUACACCAUUUCUUGUACGGGUUUCAGAUGGUGAGUCCAUCUCUAGUCUAAGAGACAGAGUCAAAUCAAAAUUGGAUCUUCAAGACAAAGAGUUUGACAAAGUCAAAUUUGCCAUAAUCAACAUGGGGAGAGCAAACUAUUUACCAGAAGAAGCAGACCAUGUAAUUUCUAUAAAGGAUUUUCAACCACAUUUCACAUCAAACACACAGCCAGUUUCCAAGCCUUGGUUAGGACUAGAUCAUGCUAAUAAAGCACCUAAACGAUCACGCUAUAGCUACCUGGAGCGACCAAUCAAAAUUCACAAUUAACCAGCAUUUUUUAUAAUAACAAAUGUGCCAUAGUUUUUAACCCAAAAGACCUGCAAUUGCAUGUGAACUAGACGAUGUCUCCCUGUAUUUGUCAUCCUUUCUUUUAUAUUAUUUAUCAUGAAAUUGUGCUGUUGUCUUAGAAAAUUAUAUAAAAGCAGCAAUGACUUGUGAAAGUGAGUUUGUUUCUAAAAGCUAGUUUUACUUUAUGCAUUUGUAAGUCAAGAUGAGGGUGUAAUAAUACUAAAAAUUGCUAAGCACUUUAUGAUUAAGUGUUUAAACCAACAAUAAAUAUUGACUAAGAAAAUAGCUUUGUCUUCUAAGUAAAUGCCUUUUCAUUGAAUGAAAUCAUUUCGUGGAUAAUGUCUGACUAGUUUAUAUCCAAAUAUCUUAUUGUUAAAUUGAUCAUACAUUUUUUUAUUAAACCCUCUAGUUUUGACUUAUAAAUCCUGUCCAUUCCAAUCAUCAGUCUUGGUAUGUGGAACUACUGCAUUCUACAGAUCUAAGAUAAAAUUAUUAUUAUACCAGUAUAAAUUAUCACUCGUCAAUGCAUAAAAUUAUACCUUUAAUAAAACUUCAGCA